GGGGCCGGUCCGGGUUGAGCGGAGCGGGCGGUCCCCGGCACUGGUGUUACCCGGGGCGGGGAGAGACAGAACCGGGUAGGGCAGGGCAGGUGGGUCGGUCGGUCGGUUCAGCCCCAUGGAGCGGGGGAAGAUGGCGGAGCUGGAGAGCUUGGAGACGGCGGCGGAGCACGAACGGAUCCUGCGGGAGAUCGAGAGCACGGACACGGCCUGCAUCGGCCCCACGCUCAGGUCUGUCUAUGAUGGAGAAGAACACGGGCGUUUCAUGGAGAAACUGGAAGCUCGGAUCAGAAACCACGACCGGGAGAUCGAGAAGAUGUGCAACUUCCAUUACCAGGGCUUUGUGGAUUCCAUCACAGAGCUGCUGAAAGUCAGAGGAGAGGCUCAAAAACUGAAGAAUCAAGUGACAGACACCAACCGAAAGCUGCAGAAUGAAGGGAAAGAACUGAUAAUAGCAAUGGAAGAGCUGAAGCAGUGCCGGCUGCAGCAGAGGAAUAUUUCGGCGACGGUUGAUAAGCUGACCCUGUGUCUGCCUGUCCUGGAGAUGUACAGCAAACUGCGAGAGCAAAUGAAAUCGAAAAGGCACUACCCUGCACUGAAGACCCUGGAGCACCUGGAGCACACGUACCUGCCCCAGGUGAGCCACUACCGCUUCUGCAAGGUGAUGGUGGAUAACAUCCCAAAGCUGCGGGAGGAGAUCAAGGAAGUUUCCAUGUCAGACCUCAAGGAUUUCCUGGAGAGUAUCCGGAAGCACUCGGACAAGAUUGGAGAGACAGCAAUGAAACAGGCACAGCAGCAAAGAAACCUGGACAAUAUUGUAUCCCAGCAUCCCAGGAUCAGCGGGGGGAAGAAGUCCAAGAAAGAAAUCUGCGCAAGCUCAGAUCUGGAGGUAAAGAACACUAGCCCCAUGUCUGAGCAGGAUUCGGGUAUCCUGGAUGUUGAAGAUGAGGAUGAGGAUGAAGAGGUGCCUGGAGCUCAGGACCUGGUGGAUUUCUCACCCGUGUACCGAUGCCUGCACAUAUAUUCUGUCCUGGGUGCCCGAGAAACCUUUGAGAACUACUACAGGAAGCAGAGAAGAAAACAAGCCAGAUUGGUGCUGCAGCCUCCCUCAAACAUGCACGAAACUUUAGACGGCUACAGGAAGUAUUUUAAUCAAAUUGUAGGGUUUUUUGUAGUUGAAGACCACAUCUUGCACACAACACAGGGCUUGGUAAAUAGAGCCUAUAUUGAUGAGCUGUGGGAGAUGGCCUUAUCAAAAACCAUCGCGGCACUAAGAACACACUCAUCCUACUGCUCCGACCCAGGCUUGGUGUUAGACUUGAAGAACCUCAUUGUCCUCUUUGCAGACACUCUCCAGGGCUAUGGCUUCCCAGUGAACCAGCUCUUUGACAUGCUCCUGGAGAUCCAAGACCAGUACAGUGAAACCCUGCUGAAGAAAUGGUCAGGAGUUUUCAGAAAUAUACUUGAUUCAGACAACUACAGCCCUAUCCCUGUGACAAAUGAAGAAGUCUACAAGAAAGUUGUUGGACAGUUUCCAUUCCAGGACCCAGAACUUGAAAAGCAGCCGUUUCCAAAGAAGUUCCCCUUUUCUGAGUUUGUGCCUAAAGUUUACAAUCAGAUUAAGGAAUUCAUCUAUGCCUGUCUGAAGUUUUCGGAAGACCUUCAUCUGAGCUCCACCGAAGUCGAUGACAUGAUCAGAAAAUCAACAAAUCUGCUGCUGACCCGAACACUGAGCAACUGCUUACAGAAUGUCAUCAAGAGGAAAAACGUUGGGCUGACCGAGCUCGUCCAGAUUAUUAUAAAUACGACCCAUCUGGAGAAAUCCUGCAAGUUCCUUGAGGAAUUCAUCACCAAUAUCACCAACGUGCUUCCAGAAACUGUCCACACCACGAAGCUCUAUGGGACCACAACCUUCAAGGAUGCCCGCCAUGCUGCUGAGGAGGAGAUUUACACCAACCUGAACCAGAAGAUAGACCAGUUCUUGCAGCUGGCAGACUAUGACUGGAUGGCCAUGGAGCCAGGCAGCAGGGCCAGUGACUACCUGGUGGAUCUCAUUGGCUUCCUACGCAGCACCUUUGCCGUCUUCACCCACCUCCCGGGGAAGGUGGCCCAGACAGCCUGCAUGUCAGCCUGCAAACACCUCUCCACCUCCCUGAUGCAGCUGCUGCUGGAAGCUGAAGUGCGGCAGCUGACGCUGGGAGCCUUGCAGCAGUUCAACCUGGACGUGGAGGAGUGUGAACAGUUUGCCAGAUCCGGCCCAGUGCCUGGGUUCCAAGGGGACACGCUGCAGUUGGCCUUCAUCGACUUGAGACAACUCCUAGACCUCUUCAUCCAGUGGGAUUGGUCGACGUACUUGGCUGACUAUGGGCAACCCACCUGCAAAUAUCUUCGUGUGAACCCGACCACAGCCCUCGUCCUGCUGGAAAAGAUGAGGGACACGAGCAGGAAAAACAACGUUUUUGCCCAGUUUCGGAAAAACGAGAGGGACAAGCAGAAGCUGAUAGACACCGUGGCCAAGCAGCUCCGCAGCCUCAUCAACAGCCACCACUCCUGAGGGACCUGGGGACCUCCUGCCACAUGCCUGGACUUGGGAUUCUUGUUCAAAGAGAAUAUAUGUAUUUUUUUAUUCACCUGUAUAGUAUUCGUGGAACCCACCCUGAUGGCAAAAUGUCCCUUCUUAAACAAUCCUGGGGAAGGUUUAGGUGGCACUUCUUGGGAAGGGGGUCUUGGGAGUCUUCUCUUACAAGCUCCUAUUUUCAGGGGUUUGUAAAGCGUUGGUAAAUCCUGAGGCCUGAGGGAGAAGUUCACACCCAGCCUAUUUUUUUCUUGUCUUUUUUUUUUUUUUUUUUUAAUUAUUAUUAUUAUUAUAAGCCAAAUCAAAAGAAUCACUCUGACUUCCUUUUGCUAACUUGUUCAGUGGCAGAACAAAUGGAAACAAAAAACGUAGGGAGGAGUCGUGGGUUCAGGUUCUUCUCAUGGGCUCUGGGAAAAGGAGCCACAAGUUCCAAAGGAGGGUUAAACCAGUGAGCUUGCCAACUUGCAGACUGGGUUUUGGUAGGAAAAGAGGCAAACUCAGUUCCCAGCUUUUCUCCUUUUCUCCCUGGAAAAGGGCUGAUUUUUCAUCUUACAGAUCCCACCCUUCAUCAUCAGAGCUCCACCAACCUCCAGGACUUAGUGGUGUCUUCUGGAGCUUCCCUGGAAUGUAGGAGGGCUUUGAGAGGUUUAGUCCCUGAUCAGAUUUGGAAAAGGAGAGCCAGGAGGUCAGCUGGCAGGGAUGCUGGGAUGCUACUGCUGGCAUCUGGCAUGGUCAGGUAGCAGGAGAGGAGGGAUGCUCAGCAGGGAUGGUGGAAAUCCAGACUGGCUUCACCCAGUGUCCAGGGCACUUCAUUUGGGGUCUUUUCCUCUCUUCCCACCUCUUUUCCAUGCUGAUGUCCCAUCUUCCCUCUCCUCCUGAUGUGAUGCAAUGGGAAGGAACCUCCUGAAGCAGAUGCAAUGGGAGAUGUCCUAUGGGGCAGCAUUGCUCAGCAACCCCCCUGACUCAGAAGGGUCUGCAGACAGAAUUCUCCCUCUUUACUCUGGAAGUGCCCAAACAUCCUCUGGUCAGAUCAAGACAGCUCUGAGGACAGUAACAACACCAAGAGGACUUCAGUCCCAGGGUUCAGGUCACCCAGAGAGAGGGACCUUUCACUAUUUUCUUCUCCUUGCCUUUUUGAAUCUUAAUUCCUGCAGGUGAAAACUUACCCAGCUGGUUCCCUCACCUCCCAAACCCUGUUGUUAAAGGGAAUUAAAACCUUCCUGGUGUAUGUCCUGGCCCUGGAAGUUCUGCUUCAUUCCCUGUCCUGCUGUGAUGGGUGCUCAGCUCUCCAGCAGCUCCUGGCAGUGGCUUUGCUGACCUUCUAAGUGAGGUUCCUUCUCCUUCCCCUCCCUUGGCACAGGGUCUGGCAGCUAUGGAGAGCCAGGAUUUGUUUGGAUGCCUCCAGCAGCACUUUCAGGGUGAGUUCAGUCCCUUUGCUCUCUGACCAUGUGCAGUUUUUUGCAGUUUGGGAGCUCUGGGGAGCUCUUCUGAGUCUCUUGCUCUGGGUGCAUGAAGGUGAUGAUGGUGCUUUUUUUCCCCUCCUUGUUCCUCAGCAGUACUUUUUGGUUGGUUUGUUUGUUUUUUGAUAAGGGUACAUGUUAAUUAACCUGCAAAUAAAUAGACACCUUGUCACCAGUGAGCUCCUGGGGCUGUUCCUGUCCCAGCAGCCUCCAGCCACCAGGACCAGGGGAUUAUUUUCAUUAAUAGGAGGAGAGAACUAAACUUUACAGAGGAGAUUUUGGGGGAAGGGAGAAGUCAGAGGUUACUUUCCUCUGAAUGCCUCUUUGGAGUAUGUGUAGGAUGGAGGAAAAAAGAAGCAGCUGAAUGAGAGCUGGUGUCAGCAUGUCCAGGAACAGAUCAUCAUUUAGAUCCAUCUGCAUGUGAGCCAGCAAAGGCUUUCAGAGGGACAAGUGGAAAUUAACUCAGUCCAUUCCCUACUGGCAGCCUCUUCCCUUCUCUCCAAAAUGCUGGACCCAAAUGUGAACCAGCCCAGGAGCUUCUCCACGGCCUCUGGGAGCCCCAGGGGAUGCCCAGCUCCAUCUUGGCAUCCCAAAUCUUGCACAGCUGAGAAGGAAACAGAGCCUGGCUUGCUGGACUGUGACAGAAAACUCUGCCUUGCCAAAUUUCUGCUCCUUAUGGUCCUGGCAGGGGUGGGAAAACCCUCAGCCUUCCAGCCAAGGCCACAGGACCACAGGACACUUUUAUUCCUCCUCCCUGUGGGAAGGACGUGGGGACAAGAGCAGGACCAGAGCUGGUGGGAUCAGCUGCUUCAUCCCUGAGCUCCUACCCAGAGGAUGGAGAUGGGAAUGAAAAACUCAGCAGCCCAAUGGUGCCAGCACCAGGGGAAGCUUCUGUCCAUGGGGAACUUCAGCUGAGGGUGGUUAAAUAGGAACAAGCACUUUAAAAUCCUCUGGAAUCAAGCUGCUCCAGCUGCAGGCACUGACCCAGCAGCAGCAGGCAUGACAAAUAAAGCACUCCAGCAGUUCCAGGUUUUAUUAGUGGGGAGAUGGACUGUCAAAGGCAAUUUCUUUUUAAAAUCACUUUUGCCAGCCUCUGGGGUUGCUGCUGGACGAGGUGAUGCUCUGCUGCUGGGAUGGUUUUUCCUCUCCUCCCUGCUCCCACCUUGAAACUCUGUUUUUUCCUCCCUUUCUGUUGCAUUGCAGGAGGUGAAUCCACCUCAAAAUCCCAAAGCAAUUGAGUCCCAGGGCAAGACCUUGUUUCAGAUGCUCCAUCCAACAUCUGGGCUCUUCUUCUCAUCUUCACUGAGCUUUAGUUAGAAGUGGAGGGACCCAGGCUGGAUUUUCUUGUUCCUGUAAGCUCUUUUCAGAGAGAUCAGGAUUGGGAUCCUCCAAACUGGUUUCUGGCACUCAGGACUUGCUGCUGGGAAACUCAGACUCAGCCAUGGGAGAGAUUCAGUGAGUUUCUGAUUUGGGGAGGUCAGACUCCUAACCACAAGUCACAGAUGGGGAUGAAAAAUGGCAUUUUGGUGCUCUGGUCCUAAUUAACUUUUUUUUUCUUUUUUUUUUUUCUUGCUAAGAGAUGCAGUUCCAUCCCUUCAAAACUAAAAUUAAUCUCUUGAACAGAUUGCUUAAGAAGCCCUGGAAGACAUUUAAAAUCCUCUCUGAGUCUCAUUCUAAUGAUUGGGAACCUCCAUGAUGUUGCUGAGGAGGGAAGGAUUGUUGCUAUCAGUUUAUAAGGGGGGUGGGAAAUCCAGAAUUUGCAACCCCCCCAAACAGAAAAUGCUGCUAUUGACACCUCUGUGUGCAUACCUUGGGGCUUCCUUAGCUUUGGGUUGUUUUGAGGGGUUUUAUUAAGCAUUGGCUGUAGAAAAGACUGGGUUGUUCCCCCACCUUUUCCAAACAUGUUUCAGCACCAGUGGGGAAAAAUAAUGUAUCAGCAGGAAAAAAGGCAGGUUUGGCUUCCUGAGAAACAUCUGCACAUCUCCUGUAGAAACUUCAGGGGUUGUGCAGGCAGCCCAGGGGUUGGGAAUAACUUGAUGUGAGGUCUCUAAAGUGCUGAUGUGCAGCCCAAACCUUACCUUGACCUGAGAGGAAAAGCCUCAGUGUGUGCACGGGGGUGAGAGAGGGGAGGAGAUUUUUUUUUUAAUCUUUUUUUUAUUAUUAUUUUAUUUUUUAUUCAUUCCUAGGGCUGGAGAUCAAGUCAGAUGCUCUUGGCCAUUUUGCACUUUGUUCUACAUCCACCCACAACUCCAGGCAGGCUCUGGUGGGGAAUGAUGGGCAGAAACCAUCCUGGGCUUUGUUGGAGGGGCUGCUUUGCUUUGGGUCUCUUAAAAAUUGUGCCACUAGGAGCAGGGAGGGUUGGGCAGAAGCUGCAUCUGGCUCCAGACUGUUUGCAGGAGGCUGGGAAGCACCUGGGAAUGCAGCUGGAGCCAGGGACACCCCGGUGGCAUCAGCUGCUGCUGGUCCCUCCUGUGCUGAAACUGGGUUUUGGGUAAAAAUCUUUUACCCCCCUGAGGUGGUGAUGGUGGGAAGGGGCAGGUGAGAGAGGUUUGUGGUGGGUGUCCCUCUGUCUCACCCCUUCAAACCCCUUUCCAAGCCCCAGGCAGAGAAAUCUUUGCCUUUGGUUGUUUCCUCCCUCCCCUCUGCACCCCCACGUGGCUUUUCCCUUGAAUUCCGGGUUGGGUUUGGGGAUUUUUUGGAAGUAUUGAGCGGUUUGGAGCAUCAAACCACCCUCCCACACCCUGGCUGGGCGUACAUCCCAUCCCCAGAUGGGGAUUUUGGGGUCUCUGCCCCCUAUUUCUUGUGGCUCUGUGGGGUGAGUCCCCCCAGGUGUGACUUGUGGUCAUCACAGCCUUGGGGAACACAAAUAAAUCCCAUCACCAAGGACCUCAAGGUGAGCCUGGUGGGUUUCUGCUCUCAAGUGACCCAAACCCACCCUGCUCUGGGUGGGAUUCACCCCAAAAAUAGUGAAGGGAAGUGGGGGAGCUGUGACCCAGGGAAUGGUUGAUGUGCUUCACCUCCAGAGAUGCUGCUGCUGAUGCUGCUUGGGGCUCAGGUCCUGUCCCCAGGGCCACGUUGGGUGCCUGAGAUGGGUGGGCUUUGGUUGGAUCCAGCAUCCCAGCAUCCAUCCCCCCCACAGCUCCUCAGCCUGGGGGGCAGCACCCCAAAAACCCCUUGGGCAGCUCAAGGUUGGGCUUGUGGAAUCUGAUCAGCUCCCAGUUUCUGCCUUGCCUCAUCCCUCAGGUUUUAUUUUGACACCCUCAUCCCCUUCCCUCCCUGUCCCUGGCUGCUUGUGUUCCUUUUCUCAUCUGGUUGGUUUUUUUUUAUUUUUCUUCUUUUUUUUUUGUGGGGGGGGGUGGGUGAGGUAGGAUGUAAUUUUGUCAACUAAUGGGGUGAAAACAGCUUUUUUUGCACAAGUCGUUGCACAGUAAGGGGAAAGUUUAGUAAAUUAGGUUUAACUUUAAAGGGAACAUUUUCUUUUUUUUUUUUUUUCCUUAAAACUCACUAGCAGAGCUACUGAUUAAAAGAAACAAGAGAUGGACUGAUUAAAAAAAAAACAAAACACAAAAGGACUGCAUGGUUUACAGGUUAAAUUGCGUUAGAAACGAGCAUGGUGAUUUCCACUGUACAUUUAUCCUAUUGUAACUUCUAUUAAACAAUACAGCAUUUAACUGUUUAAAUAA